GGCACGGAACCGGGCGCGGAACCGGAGCGGCCUCAGCACUAUGUCCGUCAGCAGCCACGAGAACCGGAAAUCCCGCUCGAGCUCAGGCUCCAUGAACAUCCACCUCUUCCACAAACCGGGCCACGCCGACAGCCUCCUCACCCAACUGAACCUGCUCCGCCAGCAGAACCUCUUCACCGACGUGGUGCUGCGGGCGGGGAACCAGAGCUUCCCCUGCCACCGCGCCGUCCUGGCCGCCUGCAGCCGCUACUUCAAUGCCAUGUUCAGCGGGGGCCUGAAGGAGAGCAGAGAUGCCGAGGUCAACUUCCACGACUCGCUGCACCCCGAGGUGCUGGAGCUGCUGCUGGACUACGCUUACUCAGCCCGGGUGCUGAUCAACGAGGAGAACGCUGAGUCCCUGCUGGAGGCCGGGGACAUGCUGCAGUUCCAGGACAUCCGGGAUGCUUCGGCUGACUUUCUGGAGAAGAAUCUCUACCCCGGGAACUGCCUGAACAUGCUGCUGCUGUCCGAUGCCCACUGCUGCGAGCGGCUGCUGGAGCUGUCCUGGAGGAUGGCCUUGGCCAACUUCACCUCGCUGUGCAAGACUGAAGAUUUCCUCCGCCUGCCCAAAGACAAGCUGCUGGAGCUGGUGGAGAGCGAGGAGCUGGAGGUGGAGGAUGAGACGCUGGUCUAUGAAGCCGUUAUAGGCUGGAUCCGCUAUGAUUUGCCCCGACGCCACGAAGUUCUGCCCGAGCUGCUGCGCUCCGUCCGCCUGGCGCUGCUGCCCGAGUCCUACCUGCGGAAGCAGGUGGCCUGUGAGAAGCUGGUGACCAGCCACAAGCUGGGGGAGGAGAUCGUGGCCGACGCCGUGCGCUGCAAGAUGAAGAUCCUGCAGAACGACGGCCUGGUGACGGGGUGCUGCGCCCGGCCCCGCAAGGUCAGCCAGGCCCUGCUGCUGCUCGGGGGCCAGACCUUCAUGUGUGACAAGAUUUACAUGCUGGACCAUAAAACCAGCGAGAUCAUCCCUCGUGCAGACAUCCCCAGCCCCCGCAAGGAGUGCAGUGCCUGCGCCAUCGGCUGCAAGGUUUACAUCACCGGGGGCAAGGGCUCCGAGAACGGCGCUUCCAAGGACGUCUGGGUGUACGACACCCUCCACGACGAGUGGGCCAAAGCUGCUCCCAUGCUGGUGGCGCGGUUUGGCCACGGCUCCGCCGAGCUGGACCACUGCCUGUACGUGGUGGGGGGUCACACGGCCAUGAGUGGGGCCUUCCCAGCCUCUCCCUCCGUGUCCCUCAAGCAAGUGGAGCACUACGACCCUCAGCUGGACAAGUGGUCGCUGGUGGCUCCUCUCCGGGAAGGUGUGAGCAACGCCGCCGUGGUGGGAGCCAAGAUGAAGCUGUUUGUUUUCGGGGGCACCAGCGCCAACCAGAACAAGCUGCCCAAGGUGCAGUGCUUCGACCCCUGCCAGAACCGCUGGACGGUGCCCACCAGCUGCCCCCAGCCCUGGCGCUACACGGCGGCCGCCGUGGUGGGCAGCCACGUCAUUGUCAUCGGCGGGGACACCGAGUUCUCCGCCAGCUCCGCUUACCGCUUCCACAGCGACACCUUCCAGUGGUCCAAGUUCGGGGAUGUCACGGCCAAGUGCAUCAGCUGCCGCGCUGUCACCUCGGGUAACAGGCUCUACGUGGUCGGGGGCUACUGUGGGGCUCAGCGCUGCAAAACCCUGGACUGCUACGACCCCUCGUCCGACACCUGGAGCAGCGUCACCACGGUGCCUUACUCCCUCAUCCCCACCGCCUUCGUCAGCACCUGGAAGUACCUGUCUGCCUGAGCGUGCCGAGCACCUGCAAGGCUUCACACCUGAUUUUGCCAAGUGCCUCCCUUGACUGAGGAUCCAGAUGGAACAUGCAGGCAGCAGGAGCACCUCCUCCCACUUGGAAGUCUGUGAGUUGGGAGCCAGCGUGGAGCCCAUCAGCACCAGCAGGGCUCAAGGCAACUCAGCUUUGGCUUUGAAUUGCUUCUGCAAAUCCAUCCCCUUGGUGAGGCCAGGGAGGGAGCAGGCACGGAGGGACCUCCUUAGUCUGGCAGCUUGUGCUGUCCCUUGAGACAGCAAAAGGUUUCCAAGUUUUCUCCUAACUUAUGUGAUCCCCAUAACCAGAGGGAUUCUUUUGGUUUCAGUGAUAGUAGAAAGGAGAAAGGACACUCCUGACCAGCUGCAGGACUGCACUGCUGGGACUCACAGCACCCAAGCAGUAUAGCCUGGGAUGGCAGAACAUGUGACAGUACUUUGCCCAUGGGCUGGCUCUGUACAUUUAUUUCUUUUUUUAUACAGCAGUUUUGUGUGUUUAUUACUCAGCCUGGAGCUGCUUCA